UCAUCCCCCCACCCCCGACGAAUCUCCACCUUCUCCCUUCCUCUCUGCGACAACGAAGACUGAAUCUCUUCCACCCCCGACGACGGCUAUUCUUCUCCGGCGUAGUGUGUUCUCCGGUUUUCCUCUCACGGUGUGUUCAUUUCUUCUUCUUCGAUUUCGUUUUUUUUUUGUUUUAAUCUCGUGCUUACUUUCAUGUGUGGGAGAAGCUAUCUUCGUCUCUGGCGUGAAUCUCUCAAUCUCCGGCGUGAAUCUAUUCUUCUCCUGUAGAAAUUUAAGCCGGAUACCACCGCUUUGACAUCUCAUGAGAACAUGACAUUCUUACCACCUCCUGAGCUACGCUACCAAUUCCUACCUUCAGCUCCAGCACCUAAGCAACACCGAGGUGGUUCUUCUGUUUAAAAUCAUGCUUCUACCAUGGAGUACCUUCUACCCGCUUACACCGGCCAGUUUGACUUCCCACCACCACCACUUGAAGCUGUAGGUAGUUUUCGCAAGUACAAGAGGCCCACCACCUCCAGCUUCAGUCCCAUCUAUAACAUGUCUACUGAGACUACUACAGACGUUCCCGACGUUGCUAGACACAGGGACGCAGACACUACAGCUGCAGAGGAGACAGCCGAAGGAGCAGCAGAUGCAGAGCGUGAUGCACGCCUUCCUAGGCGAAGGCGAGGACUGGGGCAGAGCAGGAGUUGCAGUCCUGAUGACCACCACGGAUCAGUAGCAUUCAUAUUAACAUGAUUUUUAACUAUGAUUUUGCAACGAUUUUAGACAGGAUUUUUAUGAGUGACAGUUUAACGUAAUGUUUAGACAUGAAUUUUAUAAGUGAUUGUUUGACGAAUUUUUAAACUA